AUGGAGUCGGUGAAGGGCCCCUCCUUGGAGCGGGAUGGUGGAGAGGAUGAGGAGGACGUUGUGAUCCUGGAGGAGGAUGAAGAUGACGGGAAGGAGUCUGGAGAUCUGGAGCAGAACCCCUUCGAUGGUCUCCCCUUCUCCUCGCGGUAUUACCACUUCCUGGCCGGGCGCCGCGCUCUGCCGGUUUGGGGGGCCAAAUACCAAUUCAUGGGGAGUCUGCAGAGCCACAACAUCGUCCUCAUCAGUGGGGAGGCGGGAUCAGGGCGGAGCACACAGGUUCCUCAGUGGUGUGCGGAGUUUGCUCUCUCCCAGCAGUACACGGAGGGCGCCGUCAUCUGCUCCCAGCCCCAUGCCGCUGCCGCCUUCAGCCUGGCCGUCCGAUUGGCCGAUGAGAUGGACCUGAACCUGGGCCAUGAGGUGGGCUUCUCUGUCCCUCAUGAAGACUGCUCCACCCCCAACACCAUACUGAGGUUCUGCUGGGACUCUCUUCUUCUCCAGGAACUGACCUCCAACCCUCUCAUGCAGACGGCCAAUGUGGUGAUUCUGGACGAGGUAGAUGAGCGGACAGUGGCCACCGACCUCCUUCUGGGCCUCCUGAAGGACAUCAUUCAGCAGAGAGCCGCCCUGCGCCUGGUGGUCAUGACCACUCCGGCUCUGCAGCCGCGUCUGCUGGAAUUCCUUGGGUCGGGUACGUCCGUGGUGACGGUUCCAGGCCAGGAUCACAUGCCAAGUGUGGUGUACCGGGCGUCUCCGUCACAUGACCAGGUGAUGGCGGCUUGUCACAUGGUACUGGACAUCCACCGAAGGAACGAGACGGGAGAAGUUCUGGUGUUCUUGGCCAGUGAAGAGGAGGUACAACGGUGCUCGGCGGCUCUCCUCACCGAAUCUGUGUCCCUGAGCCCCAAUCUGGGCUCCCUGCUGCCGAUGGCUCUUCUCCCCAGUGCUGGGACCUCUAUACAGAGCGUGUACGAGGCGUCCCACGCCGAGGCCGACUACCAGCGCCACGUCUUCCUCACCACCGCCGUGGCCGAGCUAUCCUUCUCUCUGUCCGGCAUACGAUUCGUCAUCGAUACCGGGAGCGAGGUGCAAUCUGUGUACAAUCCCCGAAUUCGUGCCGAUUCUCAGGUCCAACGUCUGAUCAGUAAAUCCAGAGCGGAGAUCCGGAGGAUGAGAGCACAGGGACCCGAUGGGGUCUGUUACCGCCUGUAUCCUGAGAGCACCUUUGAGAGUCGGAUGUUGGAGUUCUCUCCUCCUCGGAUUCUUCAGGAAAACUUGAGUCGCAUGGUUCUGCUGCUGAAACGAUUAGACAUCGCUGACCUCGGACAGUGCGACUUUCUGGACCGGCCCGCUCCGGAGUUCCUCAUGCAGGCUCUUGAAGAUCUGGAUUAUCUGGCUGCACUGGAUGACGAUGGGAAUCUGUCCGAGGUUGGAAUUGUGAUGUCGGAGUUUCCUCUGGAUCCUCAGAUCUCCAAGUCUCUCAUCGCGGCCUGCGAGUUUCAGUGCGUCAGUGAGAUGCUGACAUUGGCCGCCAUGCUAAGCGGUAUGUAUGGUGCUAUGGGGGGGGGAGGGGGAAUUUAG